AAGAGUUCCUGAGAGGGUCCGUAGAUCAAUGAUGGGUGCAUUGGGAGAGAGGAAGGCGUUCAUGGCCUGCCUCUUCUUCUCACUUGCCAUUGUGCUCAUCUCUCUAAGUUUGCCCCUUCAAGCACAAGCAUUCCACCAUGACCAUCCUCCAAAGGAGCACCAUCAUCACCACCCUUAUCCGCACAACUCACCACCACCACCUCCUUCGCCUCCUUACUACUAUAAAUCACCACCACCACGUACCCACCACCACAAGCCUCCAUUGCUUCCACCUCCUUACCACCGUAUAUCACCACCACCACCUCCACCUACCCACCACCACGGGCCUCCAUUGCUUCCACCUCCUCCUCCUCCAUAUCAUCACAAAUCACCACCUUCAUCUCCUCCGGUUUACACGUCGCCACCACCUUCAUCUCCUCCGGUUUACAAGCCUCCACCACCUCCACCUACCCACCACUACAAGCCACCAUUACUUCCACCACCACCUCCUCCUCCUCCAUAUCAUCACAAAUCACCACCUUCAUCUCCUCCGGUUUACAAGUCGCCACCACCUUCAUCUCCUCCAGUUUACAAGCCGCCACCACCUCCGCCUACCCACCACCACGGGCCUCCAUUGCUUCCACCUCCUCCUCCUCCAUAUCAUCACAAAUCACCACCUUCAUCUCCUCCGGUUUACACGUCGCCACCACCUUCAUCUCCUCCGGUUUACAAGCCGCCACCACCUCCACCUACCCACCACUACAAGCCACCAUUGCUUCCACCACCACCUCCUCCUCCUCCAUAUCAUCACAAAUCACCACCUUCGUCUACUCCAGUUUACAACCCGCCACUACCUCCACCUACCCACCACUACAAGCCACCAUUGCUUCCACCACCACGUUCUCCUCCUCCAUAUCAUCACAAAUCACCUCCUUCAUCUCCUCCAGUUCACAACUCGCCACCACCUUCAUCUCCUCCGGUUUACAAGUCGCCACCACCUUCAUCUCCUCCGGUUUACAAGCCGCCACCACCUCUACCUACCCACCACCACGGGUCUCCAUUGCUUCCACCUCCUCCUCCUCCAUAUCAUCACAAAUCACCACCUUCAUAUCCUCCGGUUUACACGUCGCCACCACCUUCAUCUCCUCCGGUUUACAAGCCGCCACCACCUCCACCUACCCACCACUACAAGCCACCAUUGCUUCCACCACCACGUUCUCCUCCAUAUCAUCACAAAUCACCUCCGUCAUCUCCUCCAGUUCACAACUCGCCACCACCUCCUACCUACAAAAAGAAAACACCACCUCCGUCUCACCACAAGCCACCACUCCCUCCAUCCCAUGUAUACGCUUCACCUUCUCCUCCUCCUCGUUACCACUAGAGCCGGUGGCCGGAAAGGGGAGCACGAAGGACGAUCACCACCAACCAUCAUCGUCGUAGGGUUUGCUCUCGUAAGAAGUGGAACAUACAAGCUACUGUGCAACCCAAGCGCCUACUUGUUCGUGUUUUAAGCUUAUGUUUCGAGUGUAUGCAUUGCUGAGUCGUAAGUAGGAAUGUAAGAUCGAAAUAAAAGUGUGCUCUAGACUUCCUCGUCGAGUACUUCUUUUGAGAAAA